AUGGGGUCCGCGGAGGAGGCGGGGGGGCGGCAUGUGGACCUCCGCCGAGCGGCUUCGGCGGGCGUGCUGCAGGCGGAGGACCGCGCGCACGCCGCGGCGGAGGCGCUGCAGCAGCACCGCGCGGACCAGCAGCAGCAGCAGCCGGCGGCGCGCGCGCUGCCGGGGUGGUCGACGCGGCUGAUCGACUACUUCGUGGUGUGCGGGCUGGGCGCGGAGGUGCGCACCAUGGACGGGCAGCGCGGCUUCCACGGCGUGACGGCGCGCGACGGUGACCCCAUGCUGUACCAGCCGCAGAUGACGCCGCUUGACUUCUACCCGCCCAAGGAGCACAAGAAAUUCGGCGUCCCCGAGGGGCUCCCCAUGGUGCGCCGCUCCCGCCCUCCGCCGCCUGCCCAUGUUGCGCGCCAAUCCCUCCCCGCUCUUCGCGCCCCGUCGCCCCUCGCCCCAUCUUUGGCCGUUGGCAUGGGAUGGCUUCCUGUGGUUCCCCUCGUCAUGUCUCAACCACCCCCUCCCUCUCACCCCUUUCCUCACUCCUUCCCGUUCCCGUUUCCCCCCUUCCCUGCUUCUGUUUCUCCCGCCCUCCCUCCGUCUCUCCCCUCUUUCGAGCCCC